AUGCUAAGAAUUUGGAUCCCUUACAUUUUAUAAAGACUACAUGAAUAUUCAAAUAAUCCAAAUUAAGAUAGAAGAAAGAAUAUAAUACAAUAUUUUUAUAGAGGAUAUAAAUUGAUUGAUAUUUUAGUAAAAUUUUAAUAUUUAUUAAGUGAUGAUCAGCAAAGUUAUGCUAUUUUUUAUUAUUUAAUAAAAUAAGAUUUGAUUAGAUUAGAUUCUAAAUGGAAUCUCCAUGGAAUGUUAUUUGUUUAUUUAGGAUUGAAAUUUUUAGAUUUUUAUUUUUCUAAAAAGUAAAAUAAUGUUUAGUAAAAGAAUUAGAUAAUUCAGGCACCUAAAUAGAUAGAUUCAAAAAAUGUAUAAAAAUAUUGUCCAAAAUGUAAGAGAAUUCCAUAAAUACCUAGAGUCUUAAAACAACAGGAUAUGUAUAUAGUUUAGGAUGUUUACAAUAAAUGGUAAUUAAGAAUGA